CAAUGGAGCUGUGAUGCAGGUGCUUGUUCCCGGGAGCGGGCCGGGCUGGGCCUCAGUAGGGCUGUUAACGCCAAAGGACUGAACAUGAGCGGUGGCUAUGAGGUCAGCCUGUUUGCCACCCCGCCAGACUCCCACCUACUGUGUUCGGUUUGCUACGGCGUCCUGAGGCAGCCUGUGGGACUCCCAUGCAGGCACACGUUCUGCAGGAAAUGCAUCAUGCGGUGGCUGGUGAGGCAGAGGACGUGUCCGUGCUGCAGGCGUGAAGUGAAGGUGAAGCAAUUAGUUCACAGGCAUGAACUCCGAAGGCAGAUCAACCGCCUGCAAGUGAAGUGUAAGAAUGUCCAGGAGGGCUGCCUGGUCACUGUGCCCCUCCACCACCGCCGGAUCCACCUGCUGUCCUGCCAGUACGAGCCCGCCCCUUGCCCCCACCCCGGCUGCCCGGCCUGGGUGCCACGCAAGGACCUGAGCGGCCACGGCCAACGCUGCCCGCACGGACGGCGGCCCUCCGCCCGGGGCUGUGAGGCUCCGCUGACCGCCGCCCGCGCCCCCCGUGACUACCCCCACCAGCUGCAGGAGGAGAGGAGGCGGCGACGGCGGCAGGCAUCUUGCCAGCUGCUCCUGGCACAGCUGGACCGAUCCCUCCGACACCUGCGCCGGGCCGCGCGAGGCAUGCACGCCCAGCUGGCGCGGCUGGGAGGGCGCCUGGAGAGGAGCCGGGUGGACGGCCUCGGCCCGUCGGCGUGAGGCGGGGGCGGACCCCUCCCCGGGACCCCCUUUGCCGUCAAUAAAUGUAAAGGUCGGAUGGAGCCGGCCGGACGGGGA